AAAAUAUUAUCGAAUAACAAAUCAAGUUAUGCCUCGUUGUAAUCAAUCGAGUGAUAUAAUAAUCGUAUCGUCGGUAUACUUUGUGAAGUUCAAUUUUGCCAAUGUUGAGCUCGGCAAUGGAUAUUUCAUCCAAAAAGGAUAUUGAGUCUUCAUCUGAUUUCUGCUCGUCUACUGUGGAUAAAGAAAGAGAACUGGAAGUGCUCCAUAUGAAAAUAGAUAUAGAUGCAAAGAAUCAUGAAAGAGAAAAAGAAAGCAUACACAGAGAAAAAGGUGGACGAAUCGACAAACUUAAGUCGGAAAACGAUUAUUUAAAAGUAGAGAUGGGGAGCAUAACAGAUAAAAUCAAACAGUUAGAUUUGGCAAACAGUAGAAAAGAUAAAGAGAUUGAGGACAACAAAUUUCGUGAAAAAGAACUAGAGAAAGAAAUUCAAAGAUUAGAAAAAGAGUCCAUCGUACAAAAAGUGCAGAAAAAAGAAAUCAAACGUCUAAAGGAUGAAUUAACGCAAGUUCGUCUUGACUUGCAGCAAAUGAAAUUGGAGAAGGACGAAGUACAAGUUUUGCUUAAAACACAUAUUGAAGAGCAAAAAACCCGUGACAAAAAAAUGAUGGAGAGCUUAAAAAUGCAACAAAAGGAAGAAAUAAAAGAUCUUCGAAAAGGUUUUGAAAAUGAAUUUAAGGAACUUCGAAAAGGUUUGGUCAAUGAGGUAGUUGCGGGGGUCACAGCUGUUAUAUCAAAUCCUGGACGUAACAACAGGCCGAAUUCAAAACAGAAUACAGUUUGCAAGACCACAUUAUUCGAUCCAAAUAUUUAAGAUUAAUAUGAAACAGCAUGUGAAUAGCGUGUAAAAUCAUAUGUUUCAAAUUGUAUACCUUACCCUAAAAUAUAUUAGAAUUAGAAUAAACAGUAUUUAAAAAGAAACAUAAAUAAAAUGUUGUUGAAUAUUCUUAUAUUUCAGACCUGUAUUACAAUCAUAUCAUUGACAUAUUUUUUUCAAACUGCCUUUGGUUUAAAAUAUGGACAUCCAAGGUUUCAUGUUUAACAAUAACCUUUCCCACUAUACAUUUGCCACUAUAUAUUUCAGGAAACGUUGAAUUUAAAAAAGGUGAAUGAAUAUGUAAAGCAUGGUUUGUGCCACAAUUUCUAUCUGAAUAUAUGAAAUAGAAAAAUAUAGCAGCUUACAUAUAGGCAUGCGAUGUGUUUUUCACCAUUUACUUCCACAAUUAGCUAGUACGUAAAUACCUGUACCAAUUCAGGAAUAUGACAGUUGUUAUCCAAUUGUUUUAUGUUAGCCAUUUGAUUAGGGACUUGCUGAUUUGACUUGUCCUUGGACAUGUUUGAGUUUGGUAGUUUUGUUUACUUUUACGAUCUCUUUUGUUGCGUCCCCUUUAACGAUGCCACUGUCUAAUCAUGUAAUUAUGUCUAAAUUAAUAGUUACAUUUUCUGAAACCAAUGAAUUCCAAAAGGUUGAUUAUGCUAGUAGUAAUUAUUCUAUAUCAGUUCCCUUCAGAUCCGUUGAAUUUAUUUGACUAUGUUGUGUCAUGUGUACUAUUGUUUGUCUGUUUUUCCUUUUUUUUAGCCAUGACGUUGUUAGUUUAGUCACGAUUUAUGAGUUUGACUGUCCCUCUGGUAUCUUUAGUCCCACUUUUUUUAGACCGAAUAAGUCCAAAAAUGUACCUUCACAAAAUGAGGUGUACAAUUUUUAAAUCAGUUUCUACAAAUCACUACUAGUAUAGGACGGUAUAAUACAGACAGUUUAAUCCCUAUCAGAUCUAAACAAUUCACUAGUCUGAUAGAUAUAUUUUAAUGCUAUUUUGCACACUUUAACAAGUAUUUAAAGUCAUACGAAACGAUCUCGAGUGACUUGUGAAUGCAUAUAUCAUAAACUUAGUCUUCUGUGCAAUAUUUUAUUAUUUUUUACGCAUCUAUUUCGUACAAUCGUCAAAGAAAUAUUUUACACGGUCAUUGUGGUUGUGAAAAUAUGGCAGCUAAUUACUGAUCGUGUUAUGAAACAAAAAAUAACCGAUUGCCACAUUUGUAAUCAAUCAACAAAGAAGCAUGGAUAUUCAGGUAAGAACGUGUAUACCAUGUACAAUAAUAUACAGUUGAUUUAGAUGACCGAGCCAUAGUAUGUUUGGUUUUCCCCUUCGUACUUAAAUGUCGUAGCGGUUACGUAACGCUACGUAGAUUUGUGUCUACUAAACGAGUAGCUAGCCUAGAUGCUUUCAAUAUCUAUGAAGCAUCUAGGCUAGCUACACGUUCAAUAGUCAUCAAUCUUCGUAGCACUUUGUAGCCGCUACGAUUUUGAACGGAACCCUGAUUUAUUUUUACGAGAAAGUUCACGCUAAGGUAAUUGCAUACGCAAAACAUGACGGCGAAUUGUUGGCUGGAAGCCAACAGAAAUACAACCAAGUAGAUUUCUUUUAAAUUUGAACAAAUAAAAGAAUUGUCUUCAUAAAUAGUAUAUAAACAUAAGUUUUAUAAUAAAAACUAUCAUUUUUAGUCGUAUAAAAACAAAUGCAUGCAUUGUUUUUAAUUUGAAGUUUCAUAUCAUUAUAAAAGAGGGACGCAAGAUACCAAAGGGACAGUCAAACUCAUAAAUCCAAAACAAACCGACAACGCCAUGACUAAAUAUGAAAAAGACAAACAGACAAACAAUAGUACACAUGACACAACAUAGAAAACUAAAGAAUUACAACACGAACCCCACCAAAAACUAGAGGUGAUCGCAGGUGCUCCGGAAGGGUAAACAGAUCCUUUAAUUUGUUUGAUUUUGUAAGGAAUUACCACAAAAGCUUUUUCAAUUUAAACUAGAACCCAUAUUUUACUUCGUAUAAGUCAAUGUAUUUAGAUUUUACCAAUAAUAUCUAGAAUCGUGAGAAUCCGUACUUUGACAAAUUAUUUUUACAGUUUGUUUCACUAAAUAUCUAAAAUUGUAGGCACAUACAUGAUCUUGUUAAUGCUAUAGUUCGUUUCUCAACACGAAAACACUAUAUAUAUAUAGAAAGAUGUGGUAUGAGUGCCAAUGAGACAACUCUCCAUUCAAAUAACAAUUUAUAAAAGUAAACUAUUAUAGGUCAAGGUACGGCAUUCAACACGGAGCCCUGGCUCACACCGAACAACAAGCUAGUACAAACCCCAAAAUAACUGGUGUAAAACCAUUCAAACUGGAAAGCCAACGGUAUAAUCUAUAUAAAAAACGAGAAACGAGAAACUAUGUUUGAAAUGAUCAUUGUAAGUAAACUUUAACCAUUGUGCAUUCGUAUGACGUCACAUAACAUGUCAGAGAGACCGUAUGAACACAUGAAUGUUUUCUUUAAUUUUGGAAGUACAUUAACCACUUUUCUACGAAGCUCGUGACAUUUAUAAGUAAGAACAAUUACAACUGGUCGACUCGGCGUCAAAACAAGGUAUACCGGUAGGAUGACAUGUCUUCUUGAUGACUGUUUCCCUAGCUUUUGAACUAGCACGUUACAAAUUUUGCUCAGUUUAUUCAUAUUUAAAAGGGUUCAAUAUUGAUUCUAUCUACAUAUAGUUUGGAAGUGCUGAAGAUUAUGAUCUAAGUAAACUUAAUAAAAUGAAUUGUAAAAAUCAAGUUUAUUUAUUUUUUUCUUUUUACGUAGAUUUGUACUACAAAUAAUUGGUCCUGCAUUAUGCAGCAUAAUUUUGGACAUGACAUUCAUAUUUUUUUUUCCUUGGUUGGAAUUGUUCCAUAUUUUCAUUGUGUGCUUGUCACUUAUUAGUUACCUCUGGCCUUGUUGACGGGUCGCUACUCCAGACCGCAAGUUCCAUUUGAAGAUAGACUUUGUAUAUUUUGCGAACUCGGACAUUUAGAGACUGAAUCACAUUUUCUAAUGGAGUGUCCUUUAUAUGCAGUCAUAAGAUAUGAUUGAUUUUGUGAAUGUAAUUAUUUAUUUGAGAAUUUUGAUACAAUGCAUAUGGACAAUAAGUUUAUAUUUAUAAUGAGAUCCGAUCAAAUUCAGAAAUGUCAAUGUAAAAUUUUACAGAAAUGUCUAUGUAACAUUUUACAGAAAUGUUUUAUGAGAAGGAAAUUAUUUUCAUUUGAUUGAUGAUGAACAAAUUU